AGAGCUCCUACCUCUCAAAUCAAAGUUAGCUGCUGCUGCUUUGUGUACAGAUAAUUGCCACAUCCCCUGAGUUCCCAUAUGGUAAUAGAAAAUAAUAUUAUUAGUUUUCCAAUCUCCUCACUAGCAAUCCAAACGUUUGAGCAUUGGACAGGAUAGUCGGGUCCCCAAAAGCUGCAAAUUUUGGAGUUAGAAGUGUUAGGGAAGAAGGAACCUCCGACACAGAGACAGAGCCCAACCAUGGCAUCGAUCAGCAACCCUUUGCUUUCUUCAAACUUCUUUGGUUCUAAAAUCCUCCAUUCUCCUCCAACUCCCAAAACCACCAAAUUACCAUUUCUUUUCCCUUUCUCCUCUACAAGAAAGUCGCAAAUUGCUCAAGCUAUCCUCAAUAGAAAACAGCCCAUUUCAGAUUCUUUGAAAUCAAUCCCUUCACAAGCCACUUUGGCUGCUUUGCUUGUCUCUUCUCUAACCCCACAAGCCUUAGCCUUAGACAACGCCACUCCACCCACUCCACCACCUGUAAUUGAAGCCCAACCCACCAAACCCACCCCUUCAAGUACCUCUCCUUUCUCGCAAAACCUUCUCCUCACUGCCCCAAAACCUCAAUCCCAAUCCGCCUCUGACCUCCCUGAUGGCAGCCAAUGGCGAUACAGCGAGUUCCUCAACGCGGUCAAGAAGGGCAAAGUCGAGAGAGUUCGUUUCAGCAAAGAUGGUUCUGCCCUCCAGCUCACCGCCGUAGAUGGCCGCCGAGCUACCGUCAUUGUUCCUAAUGACCCUGAUCUAAUAGACAUUCUAGCUAUGAAUGGGGUGGAUAUCUCUGUCUCUGAGGGAGAUUCUGGCAACGGGCUUUUCAAUUUUAUUGGAAAUCUUAUAUUCCCAUUCCUGGCUUUCGCAGGAUUGUUCUUUCUCUUCCGCCGGGCACAGGGAGGUCCUGGUGGACCCGGCGGAUUAGGCGGGCCCAUGGAUUUCGGAAGAUCGAAAUCAAAAUUCCAAGAAGUGCCGGAAACUGGUGUAACAUUUGGGGAUGUGGCAGGAGCAGACCAAGCAAAAUUGGAACUUCAAGAGGUUGUAGAUUUCUUGAAGAACCCAGAUAAGUACACAGCUUUAGGAGCUAAAAUUCCCAAAGGGUGUUUAUUAGUUGGGCCACCUGGAACAGGGAAGACCCUGUUGGCUAGAGCAGUUGCUGGAGAGGCAGGAGUGCCAUUUUUCUCCUGCGCGGCAUCGGAGUUUGUUGAGUUGUUCGUGGGAGUUGGGGCAUCUAGAGUGAGAGAUUUGUUUGAGAAAGCCAAGGCGAAGGCUCCGUGCAUUGUAUUUAUUGAUGAGAUUGAUGCCGUGGGAAGGCAGAGAGGAGCUGGUCUUGGAGGUGGAAAUGAUGAGAGAGAGCAGACUAUUAAUCAGUUGUUGACUGAAAUGGAUGGAUUUUCAGGCAAUUCGGGUGUUAUAGUGUUGGCGGCCACUAAUAGACCUGAUGUUCUUGAUUCUGCUUUGUUAAGACCUGGGAGGUUUGAUAGACAAGUUACUGUGGACAGGCCUGAUGUUGCUGGUAGAGUGAAGAUACUUCAGGUUCACUCUAGGGGAAAGGCUCUCGCAAAAGAUGUAGACUUUGAAAAGAUUGCCCGGAGAACCCCAGGAUUCACUGGAGCUGAUCUGCAGAAUCUGAUGAAUGAAGCUGCCAUACUUGCAGCUAGGCGUGACCUUAAAGAAAUAAGCAAAGAUGAGAUAUCUGAUGCUCUUGAGAGGAUUAUUGCUGGGCCAGAGAAGAAAAAUGCUGUUGUCUCAGAUGAGAAGAAAAAAUUAGUUGCCUAUCAUGAGGCUGGGCAUGCUUUAGUUGGUGCACUGAUGCCGGAAUAUGAUCCUGUAGCCAAGAUAUCCAUCAUUCCUCGUGGUCAAGCUGGUGGUCUUACAUUUUUUGCUCCAAGUGAGGAGAGGCUUGAGUCUGGAUUAUACAGUAGAAGCUACUUGGAGAAUCAGAUGGCUGUUGCAUUAGGUGGAAGGGUUGCUGAGGAGGUGAUCUUUGGUCAGGAAAAUGUGACAACAGGAGCUUCAAAUGAUUUCAUGCAAGUUUCUCGGGUAGCAAGGCAGAUGGUUGAGAGAUUUGGUUUCAGCAAAAAGAUCGGACAAGUUGCCAUUGGUGGACCUGGUGGGAAUCCUUUCUUAGGUCAACAGAUGUCAUCCCAAAAGGACUAUUCUAUGGCCACUGCAGAUGUGGUGGAUGCAGAAGUAAGGGAGCUGGUGGAGAAGGCAUAUUCAAGGGCCAAACAUAUCAUCACAACUCACAUUGACAUUCUGCACAAGCUUGCUCAGCUGCUUAUAGAGAAAGAAACUGUUGAUGGAGAAGAAUUCAUGAGUCUCUUCAUUGAUGGAAAAGCAGAAUUAUAUGUUGCCUGAUUUCAAUUAAUGGACAACCAAGCCUUCUUGUAUUUUAUAUCCUUCACUCCCACAAUCACAUAUCAUAACCAGUUAACUACUCGGUGGCCCCAGAAAUGCUAGGGGUCAUGAAGGCGUGUGUAUAGGCAAGAUUCUAGUGCAAUUUUUUGUAUUUUUGCUCUUCUUGUCAA